GAGAAGGUAGACUGCCUUGCAGAGUGUGUGCCUGUCCCGGCAGCAGAGGCACACAGGUACUACGGAGCUCAGCUCAGCCUCCUGGCCUCGGCUCAGCAGCACUCCUAAGUACAAGAGGACACCUUAAGGAUAUGUUCAUGCAUUCUGCUGGAGGCUUGGGUCCUAAAAGUCGUUUUUAUUCUCUAAAGAGAAAUGAUGAAGAGGCUGUGGUGGACAGAGGUGGAUACCGGUCCAUGGUGAAAACCAAUUUUGAGAAGGAGGAACUCGAAGGUCACAGGACACUCUACAUUGGGGUACAUGUCCCCAUUGGGAAGAAGAGCCACCGGAGACAUCGGCAUCACGGACACAGACACAGGAAGAGAAGCAGGGAGCUGGACUCUGGAGUGGACAAUGGAAGAGAGUCUCCCACAUACUACACGCCAUCCCAGAGAGUGCAGUUCCUGCUGGGCACAGAGGAUGACGACGAGGAGCACAUCCCCCAUGACCUCUUCACUGAGCUGGACGAGAUCUGCCUGAAAGACGGAGAGGACGCCGAGUGGAGGGAAACCGCCAGGUGGCUGAAGUUUGAAGAGGACGUGGAGGAUGGAGGAGAGCGCUGGAGUAAGCCCUACGUGGCCACGCUGUCCCUGCACAGCCUGUUCGAGUUGCGCAGCUGCAUCCUCACAGGCAUCGUGCUGCUAGACAUGAGGGCCAGCUCCGUGGAGGAGGUAGCAGACAUGGUGUUGGACCAGCAGGAGACCGUGGGUCCUCUGGGGGACGAGGUGAGGAGGAAGGUGAGAGAGUCCCUCCUCAAGCAGCACCACCACCAGAACCAGAAGAAGCUGGCCAACCGCAUCCCCAUUGUACGCUCCUUCGCUGACAAGAAGCAGUCCGAGCCCCAGUCCAUGGACAAGAACGGUCAGGUGAUUCCUCCCCAGACCUCUCUACCCAUCCCCAAUGAUGGCAAAGCUGAUGUCAGCAGAGAGAACAGUGCUGUGGACUUCAGUAAGAUAGACCUCCAUUUCAUGAAGAAGAUUCCCCCGGGAGCGGAAGCGUCCAAUGUGUUGGUGGGUGAGGCGGAGUUCCUAGACAAGCCUGUGGUGGCGUUUGUACGUCUCUCACCUGCAGUCAUGCUCAACGGGCUGGCUGAGGUCCCCAUCGUUACCAGGUUCUUGUUCAUUCUACUAGGGCCUCUUGGGAAAGGGCCACAGUACCAUGAGAUUGGCCGAUCCAUCGCAACACUAAUGACAGACGAGGUUUUCCAUGAUGUUGCCUACAAAGCGAAGGACCGCAAUGAUCUGAUUGCUGGAAUUGAUGAGUUCCUGGACCAAGUUACUGUCCUGCCACCAGGGGAGUGGGAUCCUUCUAUACGAAUAGAGCCACCCAAAAAUGUGCCGUCUCAGGAGAAGAGGAAGAUUGCAGCACAGACCGGCACAGACCUAGGUGAUGAAGAGGAGCACGAGGGACAUGGUGGUCCGGAGCUGCAGCGGACAGGACGAUUAUUUGGUGGUCUCUUGAUGGACAUCAAACGCAAGGCGCCCCACUACCUGUCCGACUACACAGACGGUCUCAGCCUGCAGUGCUUGGCCUCCUUCCUCUUCCUGUACUGUGCUUGCAUGUCACCUGUCAUCACGUUCGGUGGUUUACUGGGAGAGGCAACAGAAGGACGCAUAAGUGCAAUUGAAUCACUGUUUGGCGCCUCAAUGACAGGAAUAGCUUAUUCCCUCUUUGCUGGCCAGCCACUCACCAUAUUGGGCAGCACAGGGCCUGUGCUGGUGUUUGAGAAGAUAUUGUACAAAUUCUGCAAGGAGUAUGGAUUAUCCUACCUCUCACUGAGAACCUGUAUAGGGCUGUGGACAGCAUUCCUCUGUCUGCUCCUGGUGGCCACAGAUGCCAGCUCCCUGGUCUGUUACAUCACACGAUUCACAGAGGAGGCCUUCGCCUCGCUCAUCUGCAUCAUCUUCAUCUACGAGGCCUUGGAGAAACUCAUCCACCUGGGGGAACACUACCCCAUCAACAUGAACAACAACCUGGACAAACUCACACGAUACUCGUGUUCAUGUGUUGAACCUCCGGAUCCCAGUAAUGCCACCCUACGGUACUGGGAGCAGAACAACAUUACUGCUUCGGAGAUCUAUUGGGAGGCACUUGAGGUCAAGGGCUGCAUAAAGAGGCGAGGGGAGUUUGUGGGCACCGCCUGUGGCCCUCAUGGACCCUACAUUCCAGAUGUUCUCUUCUGGUCUGUCAUUCUCUUCUUCUCCACUGUCUUCAUGUCUGCUUUCCUCAAAGAGUUCAAGUUCAGCCGUUACUUCCCCACCAAGUUGAGAGCCGUCAUCAGUGACUUUGCUGUGUUCAUCACCAUCUUUACCAUGGUCCUGGUGGACUAUGUCUUAGGGGUCCCGUCUCCAAAACUAAAAGUCCCCAGUGUGUUUAAGCCGACCAGAGAUGACCGUGGUUGGUUGAUCAGCCCGUUAGGCGGAAACCCUUGGUGGACCACCUUAGUGACGGUGAUCCCUGCUCUGCUCUGCACCAUCCUCAUCUUCAUGGACCAGCAGAUCACCGCGGUCAUCAUCAACAGGAAGGAGCACAAACUAAAGAAAGGCUGUGGGUACCAUCUGGAUCUGUUUGUGGUGGGCAUCAUGCUGGGGGUGUGCUCCAUCAUGGGGCUGCCCUGGUUCGUGGCUGCCACCGUGCUCUCCAUCUCCCACGUCAACAGUCUGAAGCUGGAGUCGGAGUGCUCGGCCCCCGGGGAACAGCCCAAAUUCCUGGGCAUCCGGGAGCAGCGCUUCACCGGCCUCAUGAUCUUCCUGCUCAUGGGCUGCUCCGUCUUCAUGACCUCUGUGCUCAAGUAUAUUCCCAUGCCUGUAUUGUAUGGAGUAUUCCUGUACAUGGGAGCAUCUUCGCUGAGAGGGAUACAGUUCUUUGACCGUCUGAAGCUGUUUGGCAUGCCAGCCAAGCACCAGCCAGACUUCAUCUACCUGAGAUACGUUCCCCUGAGGAAGGUCCACCUCUUCACCAUCAUCCAGCUCAGCUGCCUGGUCAUGCUCUGGGUCAUCAAGACCUCCAAUUAUGCCAUCGUCUUCCCCAUGAUGGUGUUGGCUCUGGUGUUUAUUAGGAAGCUGAUGGAUUGCUUCUUCACCAAGAGAGAGAUGAGCUGGCUGGAUGAUCUCAUGCCAGAGAGUAAGAAGAAGAAAUUGAAGGAUGCUGAAGAAGAGGAGGAGGAGCAAAGCAUGUUGGGAGAGGAAGAGGGAGUAGUGCAAUUACCAUUAGAAGGAUAUCAAAAGAGUGAAUCCGUACUCAACAUCACAGAUGAAAUGUCCAAAGGCUCUUUUGGAAACACGUGGAAUGUCAACGCCGACAACUCAAAAUGGUAUUGCAUUGCCUCAAGCAUUUUUCCCCAAAAUCAGCUCAUUGGGGUUUUCCAUUUAAAACGUAUCUUUGUUUCUCUUCUGUCAGUUUGUAUACAAAUCUGUCUUAAUUUAAGAUAUGUGCCUGCAACUCAAACUUUCUUGCACAUUUCCCCAUGUCUUCAAUCCUUGUUGAGAAUAUCUCAAGUUAGGAUACCUCCUAUACUGAAUAGAUACCGUGUUAUAUCCAUUAUAUUGUGUUAUAUCCAUUAUAUUGGAAACGGAUGACAAUGUACCAUUGAAUUCAUAAAAUGCCUCAUAUUGACCAAGUUCCAUGCUCAUAGAGAAUUGUCAGGAUAUUGAUAUGUCAUGGCUAUUGUAUAUGAACGAAAUUGCAGAUUCACUGUUCGGUUGCAACUAGAUGCUACUUAUUCACUGUAGAAAGGAGUUGUCUCUCCACUUUAGAACUGAUGAAUUUUCUUGACUGUAUUUUCCCAUUCCAUCUCUGUCAUAAACUCUCUUAUGUCCUCUUAAGAUGCUGAACCCCUCAAAGGUAAGAGUCUGAUCCCCGCGCCCGUUUGAGCAUCCUUACUCCAUUUGGUGACCAUCACUUUUUGGAAUAAAAAUAAUUAUGCUUAUCUUUGCAUGAUAUGAGGCAGGAUUGUACAAUGUCUUAUUCCUCAAUUUACCAUCAGGUUGAAAUUAGAUGCUGCUUAUUUUGCAUCUUUCAAAUUGUCAUGUUAUGCAUUUUCGAGUUCAUGAACACUGGGAGAGCACAGCUCUUUGAAACUCUUUGAUGACUAACAAUGUUAGGCAAAGGUAAAUAUUAUGGAUGCUAAAUCCGUUACCUGUUCACUGCUUGGGAUAUAAACCCAGCGUAUUACAGGCAGUGACAAAUGAAUGUGCUCAGUCUAAAGUGACAUGACUGAGAAAGCAAGGAUGUAAAGUUCAUGUAGGAAAGUGCAUCUCUGACAACAUGAUGCUGCUGUGCCAAUCAGGCUCUGCUAGCAUGACAGUCAUCCCUCUACCCAAUCUACUAUGACUCAGCCAAUGGCCGUGACGGGCAGUUCGGCAAGGAGCACGACAGCAUACUAGCUGCAGGCUCCCAUUACGCAACAGCUGGAGAGUGUAAUUAUAUUAGUACAUCUCUCUUGUGAAAACUGCUCUUUCAUGAACAUUGUCUGAGAUUCUGAUCCCAUUAUACUUCUCAGCUGCCUGAACAUACAGUGCAACUCUGUAUGGGAUGGGAUUACCAUGCGAUUUACUAAAGCACAUCAUUAUGGUGUUAAUGUUCACGUUAAAGCCCCUCCCUACUAAAACAUCAGUUGAUGAUACAUUUGGGGACACAGAUUAAGCCUAAUCCUGGACAAAAAAAAAGAUUCAUAAUGGAGAAUCUCCAUUGUUGGAGCCGGACAGCUGAUAGUUAUAAGCUACGUUCUGAAAUUGUAUACUUGAAAGCACUAACAGCCAGUGUUGAUACCCACAGCUUAUCCAAGAACAGUGGAAGGAAACAAAAGAAGAGGAGAAAUAUGUACAAGGGCUCCUUCGCAAGGGAGACAAGUCUAUGACGUUUCCCCCUUCACUGUGUUGAAAACAAAUCAAAAUUGUGUGCCACAGUUUACCAUUCCUUUACAUUCGUCUUGUGAAUCUUUGUGUGUUCAAAAGCGUUAGUGUUUAUAGUUUAUGUGUCGGAAGCUGCUUCUUUGUUUUUAUUUGUUUUUGUGUUUUUAAAUGUCAAGUAAUACCAGCGUGAUAUAGGAGAGGUAAGUUUGACUGUAUGUGAAAGCAACGGAAUGUUUCUUGUCGAGGAUGUAUCUGUCACAUUGAGAAACUGUUUUCAGCUUGUGUUUGUUUUUUAAUUUAUUGAAUGUAUUUUGUAUGUUUUUGUAUUUUUUUCAAUAUCAUAAUAUGACAGUUGUUUUGAAAUUGCUAAAUUAUCCAACCAGAUAAACAAUCGAUUAAAAAAGUGUGUACAAUACUGCAGUUAAAGACUAUGUACUGUGCAUCAGUAUAUACAAGAGUUCAUAUAUCUACAAUAUAUGCAAAGUGAAAAUGUACUGUAUGCAUGCAACUUUAAUUAAUCCACUUUUGUGAAAUAUACAGCAUCUGAUGAACCUUUUACUGCAGUGGGCUCAAUCAGGGUCACUUGGAGUGUUUCUUGGUCGUCUUAAACAAAUCUACUUUGAAACAAAAGUAUACACCUCACACAGAUGGUUAUGGGUUUAAACAUUUGUUAUUACCUUUUAAGUUUGCAUCCCGGCGUAAAAAAAAAACAUUUCACCCAUGGGGCCACUAGGUCGUUUGACUGCAGGAAUUGGCUACUUUCAUUGGCAAAUAAAAAUCUACAGUAUCUGUGUUAAAACAUUCAAUGUAUUGCAUUAUGAGUUUAGCUAUUUGCAAUAGUCUUUAAGUUUAGAAUAUUUUCCAAUUGUGUUACUACCAGUAAAGAGAUUAGCUGAAAAUAGCAUUUUUAUAUUAUUUAUUGUUGGCAAUUUAUUAUUGUACAAAGAGCAACCAUUGCAUUGAGCAUUUGAUUAGUAAAACGCCUGAUUUACGUUGUAGAAUACUGUUAUGCAUAUCAAUAGAUUGUCGUGAAACAAUGUUCAAGAAGAAAAUAAAAUCCUGGCAUUUAUUUUAAAUCAUAAUAUUUGUUGCCAAAGUUGAAAUAGUUGCAGUUAUUGCAGUGUAUCAAUAUUUUCAAGCUGCAAAGUUAAUGCUUGUGUGUUAUUUUUUAUGUGAGUUGUUUGUCAUGGGGGCAUUGUGUGUUCCCAGGAAUGAUUGUCCACUCAGUAACUAAAUAUGAAGCUUAACUGAUACUUGAAGGUGUCUACUAAAAGGGCAACAUACAUGGGCUAUAGAAAGAAAUGCAAUAGCACUUUUCUAGAAGGGGAACAUUUAUAGGAGCUAUAUUUAUUGUUAUAAAGAUUAUUAAAAUAUAUUUCCUUUGUACAAUAACAACAAACAAAUUUGUUCACAUCUAAUUUUCUAAGCCUAUUUAUCUAUAACAGAUUUUGCUUCAUUUUAAAUGAUCAGUAUCUGCACAAUAUUUUGAAAUCUCUUGUUGAACAUUUCUACUCUGCUACUACUACUCGUGUUACUAAUUGUACUUAGCUCUGAAUAAAUGUGUUUGA